AGUUGUUGUUUACACUCUAAACUGACCCUCCAAAGCACUACACUCAAAUUCAAUCAUUCCAAAACCCUUGGGCCUUGAUCGUCUUCCAUUCUUUAAAAACAACCCCCUUCCUCUCUAACACCCAAAGUUGCAUUGCAACAAGACACUUUCAUCUUAUUAGCUAAGCAAGGAUCAUCCAUCAUGUCCAUAACAGGAGGACUAAUAGACAAAGAUAUAAUGAACCACCACAAGAAAACAUUCCACCGGAGAAACGACUCCGGCGAGCUCGACGUGUUCGAAGCAGCAAGGUAUUUCUCAGGCUACAACGAGUCUGUUAUUGGCCACAACAAAAAUGCAUACAGUUACAGUAGUAGCAGCUGCUACUCUUCCGGAACCGCCGCCGCCGGAGCCGGCGCCUACAGAACCCACCACACUAACAGGGCAAGAAUCAGCUUAGACAUGCCAAUGAGAUCCUUGCUCCCUCAACAAUUCCAUGGCGUCGUGGCCGAUCAUCAUCUUCAUCAGAAGCCAUCUUCACUCAAAAACAAAGAGAACAAAAAAGUUAUUAGUAAGCAACCUAGUUCGCCAGGUGGAAGGCUAGCAAGUUUCUUGAACUCACUCUUUAGUAGCCAGUCAGCAUCAUCAAAGAAGAAGAAACCAUCGUGGAAAUCCACGGCUUCUUCUUCUUCAUCAUCAAAAUCCACGAAAGAUAACAACAACGAAGAUCAUGAUGAGUUCCCUGCUGGUGGUUGGAGAAGAAGAAGAAGAAGCAGUAUUAGCCACUUCGGAAGCUCAUCAAGCACUGACGCUUCGGACUCUUCGAAAUCCGCGUUGUCAGGCUUCCGAACCCCUCCUCCUUGUGUUCAUGCUCAAACCCCAACAAAGUGUUCUUCCAAUUUCAAAAACUUCUCAUUGGACGGUCAUGAUGAUAGUAACAAAACCGCAGCAGCAAGCACUGCCGCCAUUACCACUUUGCAAAAUGAGUUCUCGUUGUUCUUGGACGAGAAGAAAAAGAGGGAUCCGAAAACAACGACGACAACUUUGUUGUUGUCGGAAAAACAACGGAACUGGAUCAGUGAACUUGCUGAGAAGGAGAAGAAGUGGUUGCAGGAGAAUAAUAACAACAGAGAAAGCAUGAAUGAUGAUGAGAUUGAUGAAGGUGCAGAGAGUGAUUCAAGUUCUGAUCUGUUUGAGUUGCAGAACUAUGAUUUGGGUUACUAUUCAAGUAGCGGUUUACCUGUUUAUGAAACCACCAACAUGGAUAGCAUCAAGAGAGCUGCACCAAUUUCCAAUGGACCUCUUUAAAUUUUUCAUACCACUCUGUAUAUUUUGUUAUCUCUCUUUUUCCCUUAAUUAGCUUCUUUAAUUAGUUAGACUCAUUCAUGAGAGAACCUAUGAGAAAAUGCAAAAAUAUGUUGGAUUUUGCUUGUUUAA